AGCGUCGAUGUGAGGCGCAUGCUUACUUUCACUGUCACGCUGUUCUCGGUCAGGUGUUCGCUAGAUGCAGAAACACGUCAAUCUUCUACCACUGUCGUUUAUCAAUUCAAAUAAGCUCUUGGAACUACGUCGUCACGUUGAACAGGUUGAACUUGUCGCGUUUCUCAACCACACAAAUGCACUUGCAGCAGGAAACUACACACGGAAGUCACCUGAGUUCAACAGCACCUGUCUUCAUUUCUAUGGUUUAUCCCAUUCACCUGCAGAGAAGCAAACAUGAACAAGUUAAUGCGGUUGAUCGUGGGCUGCUUGGUGAUUGUUGCCAUGGUGAAAUUUUUCUAUCACCCCAGCUCAAGUCGCAAGACCCACCAAAUCAUACAAGGUGGGAAAUUCUGGGCUGGUUCACAGCUGAAUGUGGCUCAUAAUCAAGAGGAUCCUGUCAAAGAAGUACAAGACAACCUGGAGGAUCAUCCAGUGAAAGAAAAGACGAUCCAGUCCCACGAAGAGGAGUUAGAGCCAAAGUUAGAGCCAAAGUUAGAGCCAAAGUUAGAGCCAAAGUUAGAGCCAAAGUUAGAGCCAAAGUUAGAACCAAAGUUAGAACCAAAGUUAGAACCAAAGUUAGAACCAAAGUUAGAACCAAAGUUAGAACCAGAAGCUCCUGAUGAUUCACCCACAGAUGCAUUAAACAUUGUGCACUUGGAUCUGAAAGGUGCCGCACCCAAAGUCAAAUACCUUAAGGAGAUAUUCCCUUUACUGUCAUCUCUGGGUGCUAAUGGGAUAUUGCUGGAAUAUGAGGAUAUGUUUCCUUAUGAGGGGGAACUCAGCAUUCUCAAAUCAAGAUUUGCGUACAGUCCGGAAGAUAUAGAGGAAAUUAAGACUCUGGCCAAAGAGCACAAGCUUGAACUGAUUCCUCUGGUGCAGGUGUUCGGACACAUGGAGUUUGUCUUAAAACACGAGAAGUAUUUCAAAUUGAGAGAAGUGGAAACAUUUCCCAAUAGCCUGAACUCUCUUGCCCAAGGAAGCAUGGAUCUUGUGCAAGACAUGCUAACACAGGUUAUGAAGAAACACCCGGAAGCAAAGUGGUUUCACAUUGGUGCUGAUGAGGUGCGUGGCCUGGGCGAAAGCGAAGAUUCGAAGCGCUGGCUGGAAGCCAACGGUGGAGACAUGGGAAAGCUUUUUCUCAAUCACGUGACUGCCGUUGGGCGAUUUAUGACCAAACUGAAGAAAGGAAUCAAGCUGAUCUUGUGGGAUGACAUGUUUAGAAAGCUCAGUCCUGAAACUGUCAAAGAAUCGGGUUUGCAAGAGCUUGCAUCGCCCAUGAUAUGGAAUUACAUCCCAAACAUGGAUGAGAAAGAGAUCGGUGGCUAUAUCUCAAAGUAUGAAAAGGCUGGAUUUAAGACCGUGUGGUUUGCUAGCGCUUUUAAAGGAGCUUCUGGAAUUGACCAGAACUGGACUCCAAUCAAUCACCAUUUACAAAACCACCUACAGUGGCAGAAAGUCAUUGCAUCCAUGCCGCAGUACAAGUCUGUGAGAUUCCAAGGCCUCGUUCUGACUGGCUGGCAGAGGUAUGAGCAUCACACUGUGUUGUGUGAGCUUCUCCCAGUGGCCAUCCCUUCUCUGGCUGUCUGUCUUCAGACACUGAAAUACGGUUCAUUUGAAGCCAAGGCACAGAGUGAGGUACAACGCCUCCUUGGGUGUCAGAUAGAGCUGAGCAAAAAUGAGUGUAAGGGUGCAUCCUUUCCUGGCUCAGAUGUUUAUGAAAUGGUGAAGAAGAUCAACGACAACCUUGAGAGCUCGGUUAAAAAGAUCUUGCAAAACUACCAUGUCAAGGGAUCAUUCAGUGCGUAUAAUCGCAAACACAACUUUGCAAACCCUAGAAAUCUUGCAUUUUUCAAAGAUGAUCUGAAAAAAUUGAUGGAUAAAUGGGAUGCCUUUUUAUUGACUUUCCGGCAAAGUAUGGAGGCAAUCUUCUACCCAGACACUUUGGAGGAGUGGUUGGAGGAGAACGUCAGUGAACACAUAGAAAGACUUCAUGGAUUGGUGGUUGAUGUAGAACGAAUCAUUAAACUCAACGGACAGCCAAAGGUCGAGCCUUUGAAAAACAGGUGAAACAGACAAGCGGACCAACAAGAAGGGCAUUCCAAAAUGUAGCAUUCAAACUUCCUACUGUGUUUUUCAACCUCAGGAAUUGUGCUUGUUUCCUGAAUGCUUUUCUGGAAGUGAUAACAACCUUAUGUAAAGUUGCAUAAAAGUUCUUUAAUUACACUGUGUAUGCACUUCUUGAAGAAGUCAACUUACUACACUAUGCAUUGUUUGCAUUUAUUUCAUCUGUGUUUGAGUUGCCUCAAAAUGAUAUAAAUUAUUUUCCUUUACAGUUACGUUGGUACAGGUCAUGUGAUCAGUCUUUAUCUAUCUUUGACAUGCAUUAUGUACUUCGGUUUGAGGAACACAAAUAUUGAGCAAUUCUGAGCAAUCAUGUUACAAUUAAGAUUGAAUACUUGAAGAUACUUGGUAUCUUCAGUGUUUCAUCAUUAUUACAGUUUCAGUUCUAUGUUAGCUAUUGAAAUACUUCAAAACUGGAAAUCUGCUGGUCAUGGAGCUUAUGUUAUAUUUACAGCCUCAUCACAAUGCCAAUAAUACAUAAUUUGCUGGAUUUAUUUAAUUUGUUGUUGUUGUUUUUUUUUAAUAAAAACUUGUGGAAGGUAUUUUGUACUGUUUU